GAGAGAGAGAGAGAGAGAGAGGGGGAGAGAGAGAGGGGGUUUGUCAGUCUCCCUCCUCCCAAAUCCAGAAAAGCUUACCAAGGAAAAAGGAGGAGUGCCGCGGCUGAGAGAGAGAGACGCAGAGGAAUCCAGAGGAAUUUCCGAGGAUAUUUUCUCUGCCUUUUUUUUUUACGCCUCUUGAUAUUGAAGAUUUAAAAAAAAGAAAAGAAAAAAAAAAGAAGAAGAAGAAGAAAAAAAAAAGAAGAAAAGUUGGCGGCGGCGAGGCAGCGGGGACCGUGACCGAGGAUGGACGAGCAGCCGCGGCUGAUGCACUCCCACGGGGUGGGCAUGGCCGGACACCCCGGCCUGGCGCAGCACAUGCAGGACGGCGCGGCGGGGACGGACGGAGACGGACGGAAGCAGGACAUCGGAGACAUAUUACAGCAAAUAAUGACCAUCACAGACCAAAGCUUGGACGAGGCGCAGGCGAGGAAACAUGCACUGAACUGCCACAGAAUGAAACCCGCUCUCUUCAACGUCCUGUGUGAAAUAAAGGAGAAAACAGUGCUCAGUAUCCGAGGCGCCCAGGAGGAGGAGCCUCCAGAUCCCCAGCUGAUGCGACUGGACAACAUGCUGCUGGCGGAGGGCGUGGCCGGGCCGGAGAAAGGCGGCGGGUCGGCAGCCGCAGCCGCUGCCGCAGCGGCCACGGGCGCCAUUGGUGCCGACAACUCGGCGGAACACUCCGACUACCGGGCCAAGCUGACCCAGAUCCGACAAAUAUACCACACAGAGCUGGAGAAGUAUGAGCAGGCGUGCAAUGAGUUCACCACCCAUGUGAUGAACCUGCUGAGGGAGCAGUCUCGAACACGACCCAUCUCGCCCAAAGAGAUCGAGCGCAUGGUCAGCAUCAUUCACCGCAAGUUCAGCUCCAUCCAGAUGCAGCUGAAACAGAGCACCUGCGAGGCCGUCAUGAUCCUGCGCUCGCGCUUUCUCGAUGCCAGACGAAAGAGGAGGAACUUCAACAAACAGGCGACAGAGAUCCUGAACGAGUACUUUUACUCCCAUCUGAGUAACCCCUAUCCCAGCGAGGAGGCCAAAGAAGAACUGGCCAAGAAAUGCAGCAUCACAGUGUCACAGGUAUCAAACUGGUUUGGGAACAAGAGAAUCCGAUACAAGAAAAACAUCGGCAAAUUCCAAGAAGAGGCCAACAUGUACGCAGCCAGGACUGCGGUCACUGCCACCAGUGUGUCCGCCCACGGCAGCCAGGCAAACUCCCCAUCAACUCCCAAUUCAGCAGGUUCUGCUGCCUCUUUUAACAUGUCAAACUCCGGAGACUUGUUCAUGAGUGUGCAGUCCCUCAAUGGGGACUCGUACCAAGGGGGGCAGGUUGGGGCCAACAUACAAUCCCAGGUGGAUACCCUUCGCCAUGUUAUCAGCCAGACCGGAGGAUACAGUGACAGCCUCGCUGCCAGCCAGAUGUACAGUCCACAGGGCAUCAACACAAAUGGCGGCUGGCAAGAUGCUCCGACUCCUUCGUCAGUGACAUCGCCCACAGAAGGACCCGGAAGCGUUCAUUCGGAUACUUCCAACUGAAUAUAUCCAUCUCUACUCCUCAUCCACACACGCACACACACACACACACACACACACACACACACACACACACACACACACACACACACAAGAACAUGGACUGACCUUGCUAUUCCCAGUAUUAAACAAAGGAAUUCACUGUCUCAAAGUUUGGAGAGUUACUGUGAAAACCUAACAAAAAAAAAAAAAAAAAAAUCAAUAAUAUUUCCUCUGCUUACAAUGUUGGACAUUUGGGAUACAAAGAAAAAGUUUCACAAUAAAAAUGAAAAAAAGUGCCGCAAACAAUGGAGACAUUUGUACAGAUUUCACAUUGUAUUCAGAGGGCUGGGGUUACUUAUUCACUCGUAAUGUUUUCACUCAUUAUGAUGAAAUGAUAUGAUAAAGUCAUUAAAAUCAAAUCAUUGAUUUUAACGGAAAAUACUUCAUUCUACCUCUCAGCCACUAAAAAAAAAAGUAGAAAAAAUGUCAGUGACCAUUAUUUGUUUUGUAAAAUGAAACUUUUGUCUUUGCAAGCAAGGGGCACAUCUUCUUACUUACAUUUCGUUGUCUUUCACCUAUUCUAUGGUACGCCAUUUAGACUUAAAUAUUGCUCAGUUGUUUACAAUGUGUGCUUGAUAAAAGUAUGUUCAUCUUCAACUCUGUCUCCGACAAGUCAAAACAGGAGUUCUGUCAGGAGAGUUUACCUCUAAGGUAACCCUGUGAAGUAUGUUAUCUGUAUAACAAUAAAUAAAUACUUGUCAUCAAAUCGGACAAGCUUGACAUCAUUCAUUAAGACGGAGGAUAUAUUAACGUAAAACAGAUUAUUUUACGCCCGGUUGGUUUUGGUUCUGCAGCUGUGGAAGAGUAACAGUCACCAAAAUGCAGAAUUCUCUGAUGCAAUGAGGAAAGAAAGGAAUUAUGUCUUUUUUUCUGCUUUUAACUUUAUAAUAUUUUUUAUUGUUUUCCCACCAUCACCACUGCAGUAGAAAAGUUUUUGACAAUGCCAAACUGCUGAUGUAACCAAAACAAAACUGUCAAGAAAAGUGUGUCGCCAUGAAAGCCAGUUAUACUAUAUAAUUUAAUCACAUGUAUACAGCAUUAUUUCUUUCUCUGCUCAUUUUGAUCACCGUCUUCUGUCAUUUACCUUUGGUGCUAAAGAUCAAGUGAAUAAUACUAUCCCAUUGAAGGACAUACGUUUCUCCACAAAAGAAAGUUUGUCAAGGAGAUCUGUGAAAAAAAUCCACUUUAACAGGGAAGUGGUUGUGUCAGUAGAGGUUUACUUGCAUACACGGUGAAUCCUUGCUCGUGAAUCCACAGCACAGGUCCGGAGAUGCUUGUAGCAUGGAGUCGCUGACCGUCCCCGUGGGAGAAGCGUCUGGAUACACCUGUACUGCUGCUCAGCUGGGGACACGUUGAUGUAAAGAUAAUGUUACGUUUCACAUUCUGUUGGAGAGUGUCCUCUUCUUGGGGUUUAUUUACACAGAAAUCCAUAUAUUAUUCUGCCGGUACUGCUUUAGUAAGCCGAGAACUGACGCCAAAACAAAUGUAGACAUGUCGCUUGUCUCAGUACUAUCAGGCUGAUUUCUUUUCAGUAUCAAACAUUUAUGAAGAUUGUAAAUGUUAACCAUGACGCACUAAAGAAGGGGCAAGUCAUUCUGUCAAAUAAUGUGUUUUCUGAGCAGUCUAACAUUGUUUAUAGACACUUUUUAUGUUGUGUGGCCUAUUUGUUUUUGUAUUUUUUUUCUUAUUGUUAUGCUUAAUGUUGGCUAUUACUUUUUGCUUUCCUACUCUUGUGAUUUAGCUCAUGAACUUUCAACAUGUGUUUAUGUGCACCAUUGUGCUUGACUUGCUUUGUUGGAAAGGGUUUCAACACAUUAAAAACGAUAUGUCAUACAGCGAGACCAUA